CCCAAGUGUCGCAAGUGUCGCAAGUGUUCGCCGGCGGGCCGUGCGUCUGAGCCCCGCCUCUCCUGUAGGGGAAUGGUUAGGGCGGAAGAGGUUUGCAACUGGCCAAUUUUUGCGGAGUUCACCCUUGGUUAACAACAGUUCAGCCACUUUGCAGGCCAGUGUGCAGUUCAGCGUCGCCUUCGUUUGCAUAGGCCUUAGCGGCACUGAAAAGUAUCCAUAAUGGUUCUCUAUUUUACAAGCAAUGUGGUCUCCCCAUCAGCCAACAUAUACAUGGGCAAGGAUAAAUAUGAGAACGAGGAGCUGAUAAAGUACGGCUGGCCCGAAGACGUCUGGUUCCACGUCGACAAGCUCUCCUCCGCCCACGUGUAUCUUCGUCUUGAACGGGGCCAGACAUGGGAAGAUAUCCCCGAAGCACUCCUGGAUGAUCUGGCACAGUUGACGAAGGCCAACUCGAUAGAAGGGAACAAGAAGAACAAUCUCACGAUAAUCUACACACCAUGGAGCAACCUGAAGAAGAGCGGGGGCAUGGAGACGGGGCAGGUUACGUUCUUCAAGAACAACCUGGUGAAGAGGGUGCAUGUUAAAGAGCGGGACAACGCGAUUGUGAAUCGGCUGAAUAAGACCAGGGUAGAGAGGCAUCCGGAUCUGGCAGAAGCCAAGAUUGAGAGGGAUCGGGAAAUGCGGGCGGAACAGAGGGAGGCGGAUAGGAAGAGGAGACAACAAGAAGCAAAGGUACAAGAACAACGAAAGAAGGAGGUUGAGGCACGGAGCUACGGUGGGAUUUUCAAAGAGGAAAAGAUGCGGAGUAACAAGGAACUGGCGGAAAUGGGGCUAGGGGAGGACGAUUUCAUGUGAGCAAGAGCGUAGUCUUGUGUAGAUUUGUAGCUGUUCCAGUACUAGAUUAGAAAGCCCCCUUCUUGAGAGAGCAAACAGCGGCGUGGAGAAAGGUGACAUUCAGGAGGGGGCGUUCCGUUGGAAAUGCAAAUUUCUU